AGCUUCAAUACCACAUUUGCAGACGACAACAACAACAGAAAUACAAGAUUGUCCUGACAACUGGAUUUCAUACGGACAGUCAUGUUAUUUCAUCAGUAACCAAUCGGCAAGCUGGCUAGAUGCGAUGAUUCGUUGUCAAAAACUGAACGGUUAUCUUGCCGAGAUUACAUCUGCUGACGAAGAUCAGUUCCUUAAACACCAUAUUGAAACACGUGACAGACAAAAUAGUAGAGAAUGCUUCAGUACCUCCUCAAAUCAAUAUAGAGGCACUACAAAUACGACGUACGACGGCACACGUGCCAGCGGUGGGAUUCACAAACUCCUCACAAACAUACACAAAAUCAAACCCGACAAGUUUUCCAGAGAGAUCUGUGGCAGAUGCAUGCCAACUAUUGUCGAGAUCCCGACGAGAAGGGUUACCAUGGUGUUACACAACAGACUCAAAAAAUAG